UAAACAACGGAGUGCCGAGGAAGAGUUAUGAGAGCCCACAGGAACCCCAUCGUUGCAGGGCCGCGCAGCUAACCGACUUGGCGAAGAACGAAUUCAUAGCCCAAAGAGGCAUCAGUGUCGUCACCAUUCGGUGCUGCUCAACUGGAGCAAGUUGCUGGGCUCCCAAUGUCCCACUGAACAGCUGGAAUACUUACGAAGUUGCAAGGGCAAUUCACCGGGUUUGACAGCUUGGGAUUCGGACCUCGGGCAACUCAGUUCUGCGAGCGAAGCAUUGGCGCGCUCAUCAUGAUAGAAAACCAUUGUUCUUGUCUUACGACGACCCCGCGAUGGAAGAUGAAUUGGAUAAAAGGCUUUGGUAGCCGCACAAUGGGACGAGCUCGCGAUGGCAUCACUCUAUUAUUACGACCCAAACUCGAGUACCACGCAUUCUUCGCGACGGCCAUAGUUAUUAGACUUGUCUCUAGUUAUUAGACAUCUUACCCCGACGAAGCCAUCACGAUGAGAUCGUCCACCCUUUCCACGAUCCUCUCCUGGGCAGCCGUCGCGUCCGCCGUCGCAGUGACAAACGACACAUCGCCUUCCCCAAGCAUUCCCAACGUUGUCCAGUCUACCUGGGACGGAAAAUGUUUCUACCCUACGCCUGACGCCGCCUUUGACCUCGAGUCUUACCUUGGCCGUUGGUACCAGGUCGCCGGCACCGUUGCGCCCUUUACCGCAGGCUGCAAGUGCAUCUUUGCGCAGUACUCUCUGAACGACAACGGCACCGUCAAGGUGAACAACACCUGCGAAGCCGGGGGCCGCGCCAUCAACAUCCUGGGCACCGCCGCACCGGCCGAUCCGUCGUACGGGGCCAAGGGUGUCCUUCGCGUUCAGUUCCCUGGCCAGCCCGGGCCCGAUUGCGCCGGUCCGAAUUACAUUGUUCAAGACUAUACUCCAGACUUUGCGCUCGUGCAGGCAAGCAACUUUACAACUCUGUUCGUGCUCAGUCGCCAACGAAAUCCGGAGGACGCGGUUCUCGAUGCCUGGAUCGCGCGCGCCGGUCAGCUUGGCUCGAACCUCGCAGACGUUGUCAAGACGGAUCAGACCGGUUGCCAGUUCGCAUGAGACAUGGGGAAUGCGCCAAACGCUGCAUCUGGGGAUUGCGAAGGAUCUGUGCCUGGCGCUUGGCCUGGAACGGAAGAAUUGAAGUGAGACUUUGGGUCCUCGAAUGUCCAAGAGCGGUCUUUGGGGCCAAAGGUGAAAUAGUGGUAUUUCUACAAAAACAGAUGAAAGUUCCAUGCAAAUGCCGGGUGUCUCGUGUCAGUAUCAAUGUCAGUGUCGCAGCCGGUGACGUUCGCAAGCGGGAUCAUAACCCGGGGGAACUGAGAUGUGAGAACUGACUGACCGUGCUCAGGCCUCGUUGUUGAAGCAGACACACAAGUCAGAGCUCAUAAUCGAGGAUACCAAGUCAUUGGUCAAUGGCCG